AUGAGCAGUCUUCAAUCUAUUAGACGUCAAAUACCGCAGCAAUUUGUUGCUCCUCCUCUACCACAAACGCAACCAUCAGCUCAUUUGAUUUUCCAAGAAAACCAAUUAACUUUUAUUCAAGGAGACUCUUCAUUAUUCAGCGGCACUGGAUCGUCAGAUGACAAUAUAAAUGCUAUUGUUCUCACACAAUGCCAGAUCGACACUUCCAAUAGCUUAAAAGCUUCUAUUAUAGAAACAAAAAUAAUUUAA